AUGGAGUCCGUGGAGGUCACUCAGGUCGCCACCCGCGUUGUGUACGCCGACGCCGAGGGCGCCGUGCACAUGGGCAUCCCCAUCUACAUCGACGACACGGGCGCGUGCCACGCGGGGCACGUGGAGCAGGCUAACGAAGAGGCCGUCGUUAGCACCAUCUUUGACGGCACCACGACGACGGAAUCCGGCGCCGCGGAGAAGAAGCUUAUGGUGGAGCGCGUCGUCGAGCAGGCCAUGCACGUCGAGGAGGUUUCCGAGGACGAAGAGCGCCGCCGGAAAGUGCGCUCGAUGAUGAAGCGCCUCCAGACCUCGCCCAGCGGCCGUACUCUCGAGGAGAAAGAUGCUCUGCGUCGCGCCAUUAUCUGCGACCGUGGGCUCCGAAGGCAGGCCAGCGCUGAUAGCGUGAGUACUUCCACUCUCUUCCCGAAUCCUCUUUCCUUGCCGUGUCGUCGCUUCGGCCGGUGUUUCUUAUUUCUUGGUGGCUACAGUGGAUCUGCUGGCAGCAAGCUCAUUAUUGAAUCGCUUGGAAGCGUUUAG